GAACGAGGAACAACCCGAAAGAAAGAAAGACACUAUUUCACUCUCAAAUUGAGGAAGACUGAAUACGAAGAGAAGCUCCCUCCAUCAUCGGCCCGCCGCCGUCAGCCACUCUCUUGUUUUUCCUUUCGAAUUUCUCCACCUCCAUUUCUUCUUCUUAUUUCUUCAGCUCGCUCCUUUGCCGUCACCUCUCCCUCUCCCUCUGCUUCCACCUCACGGUGAUGAGCAUUGAAGGCUGCUGUUGCCAACAGUGUCCUUUGGGUGAUUUUCUUGUAGUAAUUGUAGGAUGGUUUGAAGAACCGAAGGCCGUUGAUUUGGAGUAAUGGGUAGCAGUGAGAUGGACAAACCCUCUAAAGAGAAAGAGAAGGAGACAAAGACAACACCUGCUAGUACGCAGGAGCAGUCUGCGACUACCAGUGCUGGUGCUGUUAAUCCUGAGUGGUCGGGAUUUCAGGCAUAUUCUCCAAUACCUCCACAUGGAUUUAUGGCUUCAAGUCCGCAAGCUCACCCCUAUAUGUGGGGGGUUCAGCAUAUUAUGCCACCCUAUGGUACCCCUCCGCACCCAUAUGUUGCAAUGUAUCCCCAUGGUGGCUUAUAUGCUCACCCGUCUAUGCCUCCUGGAUCUUAUCCUUUUAGCCCGUUUGCUAUGCCUACUCCAAAUGGUAUUGUAGAGGCUUCUGGUAACACACCUGGGAGCAUGGAAGCAGAUGGUAAGCCAUCUGAGGUCAAGGACAAAUUACCAAUAAAACGAUCAAAAGGAAGCUUGGGCAGUUUGAAUAUGAUUACAGGGAAGAAUAACGAGCUUGGCAAAACAUCAGGAGCCUCUGCUAAUGGAGUUUAUUCCAAAAGUGCUGAGAGUGCUAGUGAUGGUACAAGUGAAGGAAGUGAUGCAAAUUCUCAGAGUGAUUCACAAUUGAAGUCUGGGGUCAGGCAAGAUUCUUUGGAAGGUGAUGUAUCUCAGAAUGGCAGUUCUGCACAUGGUUCUCAAAAUGGAGCACCAAACACACAUACCAUGUUGAAUCAGACGAUGGCCGUCACACCAAUAACGGCUGCUGGUGCUCUUGGCGUUGUUCCUGGUCCUGCAACUAACUUAAAUAUUGGGAUGGAUUAUUGGGGAGCUCCACCUUCUGCCGCCAUGCCUGCAAUGCGUGGGAAGGUUGCAACCACUCCAGUAUCAGCAGGAAUAGUUACUGCUGGGUCUCGGGAUAGUGUUCAGUCACAGCUUUGGUUACAAGAUGAGAGAGAGCUUAAAAGACAGAAAAGAAAGCAGUCAAAUAGGGAAUCCGCUCGUCGAUCUAGGUUGCGCAAGCAGGCGGAAUGCGAUGAGCUGGCCCAGCGUGCUGAAGCCUUAAAAGAGGAAAAUGGCACUCUUAGAUCAGAAGUUAACCAGAUCAGGAGCGAGUAUGAGCUGCUUCUCUCAGAGAAUGCCUCUCUAAAGGAGAGGCUUGGAGAAAUUCCUGGUCACGAAGAUGUACGGUCUGCCAGAAGUGAACCACAUUUGAGCAAUGACACUAAACAGAUUGCACAAACAGAACGGCAUGGCGGCCUCUAGGAUGAGUAGCUGAGCUUUGUGCUGCGUUCUUGCAGGAGCACAAUCUAACCUAUAAGCAACAGGGAGUUUAUUUUGCAUAGCGUGUAGUUUGACCUUUGUCCAAGUUUUAACCUUUUAUAUUUUAGGAGAUGUUUACGCGAUGCAGAUCAUAUUUAUUUCUGCUUGGGCCUACCUUUAAGAGUUGAAGGCCGAAGAUGAUAUGUCUUGAGUAUGAAAUUAAUGUUAUACCCUUGUUUGUUUCUUAAGGGUAGUCGCAUUCACACUUAAAUUCAUUUGUAUUGAAUUAUGGCCGAUGAAUCCGUAACUUGGGAGAUUCAUUCAGUAUAUGCUACUCUCUAACA